CUGUUUUUCUUUCAUUUUGAUUGCAGUGUCCGACCGUGAGAAGAAUCUCCUGGUGUACAUGUAUCAGCCUGAAGCGAGGGAGAGUUACGGAGGGACUCGCCUGCUGCGGAGAGCUGACUUCAACGUGGGCGCUCACGUCAACGCCUUCUGGCGAACUCCGUGCCGCGGCAUCAUGGACGGCUCCAAUAAGAAGAACCUGGCGUGGGAGAACAAGCACAUCACCUGGUUCGCCACUCUGGACGGCGGGGUCGGGCUCCUGUUACCGAUGCAAGAGAAAACCUAUCGACGUCUUCUGAUGUUGCAGAACGCUCUGAUCACCAUGAUCCCUCACCACGCUGGCCUCAAUCCUAAGGCCUUCAGGAUGUUGCACUGUGACCGACGGGCCUUGCAGAACGCCGUACGGAACAUCCUGGACGGUGAGCUGCUCAACAAGUUCCUGUACCUCAGCACCAUGGAGCGCAGCGAGCUGGCCAAGAAGAUCGGCACAACGCCGGAUAUGAUCUUGGAAGAUGUGCUGGAGAUUGAUCGGGUCACUGGCCACUUCUGAUGCGGGCCAGACAGAAGAUCGAGGGACUUUGCGGGUCGUUUUAAACCUUGCAACAGUGCCUGUGCUCUCUAAUGUUCAGCAAGUGGACUUGAGAGGUAACGCUGGAGACUGAAGGUUCUGUCUGUUGUGACUGAACACUGAGCCACAGAUGGUCUGGGGCAGAUUUUAGGACGUGAUUUGUUAAUAUGGGUUAGAUUGAAUGCAUUUGUAUGUUUUUCACAUUUAAAAUAUUUUGUAUUGCAAAAUGGAAAAAAAAUGUUGUUUUUUAAUCUGG